CUUUCUCUGCCUAGACGCUGGUCACGGCUAUGAGUUCCCAGAAAGGCAACGUGGCUCGUUCCAGACCUCAGAAGUACCAGAAUACUUUUUCCUUCAAAAAUGACAAGUUUGAUAAGAGUGUUCAGACCAAGAAAAUUAACGCAAAACUUCAUGAUGGAGUAUGUCAGCGGUGCAAAGAAGUUCUUGAAUGGCAUGUAAAAUACAGCAAAUACAAACCAUUGUCAAAACCUAAAAAAUGUGUUAAAUGUUUACAAAAGACAGUGAAGGAUUCUUACCACAUAAUGUGUAGACCAUGUGCCUGUGAACUUGACAUUUGUGCAAAAGGUGGAAAGAAAGAAGACAUUGUUAUUCCGUUUGAUAAAGAACAAGAAAUAGAAAAUAAUGACAACAAUCCAAGUUCCAGUCGUAGAAGCCACAAAAGACCUGAUGAUGAUGAUGGUUUGGAGUUUGAUAUUGAUGACGACAGUCAAGGAACAGAUUGAUUCACUAGUAAAAGUUAUGCUGAGAAUGUGAAUUGCUAACCAACAUGUAUUUUUGAGUGGUUCACCAAAAAUACUGUGAAAUCCUAGUGAAGAGACUAGUGAAAAUUGAUACCUCUCCAAUAUAAAUUUUGUAUAACUUGAAUGAUUAUUAAACUUUUAUCCAGUUUUCCAUGA